AUGGUAGCGUGGUCGCGACGCUACUGGCUCGAAAAUACACCCCGAUUGGAUAUUUUCCCAGGUGAAUCCCACCCUUGUUACUGCUGUCAAGCAACGGGGAAUGCAGCAUGUGUUGAGAUUGGACACAGGGGGCCGUGCAGGGAGGCAUGUCGGGAGGCAUGCAGGGAGCAGUGUUCGGCGCUUGCUGCAUCGUCUGCCAGCACGCCAAUGACAGAGGAGCUGGCAGAGCGGCUGAAGGCGUAUGCAGAGAGACAGGCGCGGUGCAUCAACGGUGUGAAGGACUGGCCUGGUUUCCUCUCCAAUCCUGCAAAAGGACUUAAAGACGGAGUGGAUGCAUCCUCCGUGCAGGAAUGCUCUUACCUCUAUCAUCUCGACCCCGCAUACAGCGGUCUGGGCAACCAGCUGCUCGCCCUCGUCUCCUCCUUCACCUACGCCCUUCUCACCAACCGCACGCUAAUCAUCAACCCACACGCACAGGCAGCGCUCUUCCUCUGCGACCCCUUCGCCUUCACCCCCACCCCGUCCACCUGGAUGCCCAUGGACUCUCGGACCUUUGCGUGA